GAAUGUGUGAUUGAAAUAAUACCAAAAUGCUGUAGAAGAAUUUAUUUUUUCUAAAGAAUGGGGAUCAAAUAAGGGCAUUAAUAUAAACAAAUUGAUGUCCAUUCGAAGGAAUUUUUUAUGAUUGUAUCGUAGCCCCUAUUUCAUUAGGAGAAAAAUCUAAGGGUGGCAAACAUGCAAAGAGGUUGCAGGCUCGGCUCAAUUUAUGAGCUGCUCAAGCUUAUUUUGAGAUGAUAUAUGAGCCAGUCUAGCUCACAUUUUUUUUUUUUCAUGAGCCAGCCGGCUUAUUUUUUAUUCCUCAUUUUCGGCUUACUUUAUUAAUAUAUUGAAAAAGUUGCUCAUUUAGUUAAUUUAAUUUUUUUCAAAACGAGCCGACUUGAUUUGUUUACUUGUGAGGCACACACUCCAAAUAGCCGAGCCGAUCAUAUAAUUUGAACUCGAGCCAAGACCGAGCUCUACGAUAGAAUCAAUCCAUUACCUCCACCAGAUAAAGCACAAAAUGAUGCCACAACAGCCAAAAAACAUAAACAAGAGACCAUCACCAUGCCCAAGAAGUUAAGAUUCUUACCCUUUUUUCAUAUUAUUCUCUGCUUAAAGUAACGAAAGCAUCAUUCUUCGUUAACAGUAAACAAAUCCCACCAUUAUUAUAAAAUUUGUAAUUUACCUGAAUAAAUAAUCUUGUCACCUUCACAGUUCGGACAAAAUGGCGGCCCAAACCCUAAGCCCACUCCAUCGCCCGCUCCACCAUCUCAAACCCAAAACCGUAGGUACCCAGACCUUAACUGCAAAACUCAAGUGUAGCCGUAUUAUCAUUACCUCCAAGAUCCGAGCGGCCGUGAUCGGCGGAGGUCCUGCUGGAUCCUCCGCCGCCGAGGCCUUGGCUACCGGCGGAAUCGAGACAUUUCUCUUUGAGCGCAGUCCUGAAGCCGCCAAGCCAUGCGGUGGCGCCAUCCCUCUCUGCAUGCUCGAUGAAUUCUCCAUCCCACAUCACCUCAUUGACCGGAGAGUCACCCACAUGAAAAUCAUUUCUCCCUCGAAUCUUACCGUUGAUUUUGGCAAAACCCUGAAGUCCCACGAGUUCAUUCCCAUGCUCCGCCGUGAAGUACUGGAUAAUUUCCUCCGCCUCCGCGCCGAGAGACUUGGCGCCAACCCUAUCAAAGCCCUCGUCACUCAUAUAGACGUCCCAACCUCAAAUAAUUCGCCCUAUAUUAUUCAUUAUAUAUUAAACAACACCCAAAACACCCUCGCCGUCGAUGUGAUUGUCGGGGCCGACGGCGCCAAUAGCCGUGUGGCAAAAGCCAUAAAAGCGGGAACAUACAGAUGCGCCAUCGCCUUUCAGGAGAGGAUCAAAUUACCCGACGGAAAAAUGGCUUAUUACGAAAAUCUCGCCGAAAUGUACAUCGGUAACGACGUAUCACCCGAUUUUUACGCCUGGGUUUUUCCCAAGUGCGACCACGUCGCGGUCGGCACCGGAACUGUGUGCUCAAAAGAGAACAUCAAAACGCUACAGCGUGGUAUCAGAGCAAGAGUGAAUUCAAAAAUCAGAGGUGGAACUAUUAUCAAAGUCGAGGCCCAUCCAAUACCCGAGCAUCCACGUCCAAUCCGGGUUCGUAACCGGGUUGCUCUAGUCGGAGACGCAGCAGGGUACGUGACAAAAUGUUCUGGCGAGGGGAUAUAUUUCGCUGCCAAGAGCGGACGAAUGUGCGGGGAGGCAAUCGUGAGAGCCUCAGAAUCCGGUAACAGGAUGAUCAGUGAAGAGGAUUUGAAAAGGGAGUAUUUGAGAAAAUGGGAUGAUGAGUAUAUAACUACGUUCAGAUUCUUGGACUUGUUGCAGAAAGUGUUUUACGGGAGCAAUGCAGGGAGGGAGGCAUUGGUGGAACUGUGUGGGAACGAGUAUGUGCAGAGGAUGACAUUCGAGAGCUAUUUGUACAAGAAAUUGGCAGAUGGGAAUAGGUGGGAGGAUUUGAAGAUGGUGAUGAAUACAAUUGGUAGCUUGAUUAGGUGUAAUGUUGUUGGGAGGGAAAUGGAUGAAUUUGAUAAACGAAUUCUUGCUCAAAUCUAGAUUGCCAUUUUGUAUUAUUUGGCAAAUGAUUUCUUGCAAAAUUGUGGUGUUGUCUUCUCCUUCCUGGUUUGUUGUAAGCUGAUUCAUCAAUCAUAAGAAAUCAUUAACUUGAAAACAUGAGCAAAAAAUCCAUUCAUGAGUGUUCCAUAUGUUCUGUGGAAAAUGAAUAUUAGAAUUUCCAAAUGCAUCAGACAAUAGAAUUUCCAAAU